UGAGACAGAACCUACAUAAGGAGUAGGUUACUGCAAUAGAGGAGGCUGCAGUAUAAGGGUGGAGAAAAGUGCUUUUAAAACAAUAAGUACUUAGAAACUAGUACUUGAAUCUAUCAAAACAAUUCUGCAGACUCCUCUACUUAAUAUUCAAUUGACCAACUGAGGCAGCGACCUCUAAACGUCAACUUCACAUAGCCCAAUGUUUGAGUCCAAAUAUAUAUAUUUUUGUAUUGAUUAUAGGUUAUAUAACAUAUAUUAAGUACAAACAUAUGUUACUGAAGGCAGGGGUGUAGCAUGAGAUAAUAUAACAUUAGCGUCUUAGCAUUCUGCUAACAAAACUCUGCAGGUGCCUCAAGCUACCACACUCCUGCGUCGGUGUGUUUCCCCCUAGUGGUGGAAAUGGUCCGCACAUGCCCAGCGGUCUGUGGUGAUAGGCCUACUCGCCUAGAUUUGCCUACCGAUGAGAUACAAUCAUAACCUUCACCAGCCCCUCACCAGUCUCCCAGGGCCCUCCUGAACAAAAGAAGAUCGCUUUUAUAUUAGUAUCAAUUGGAUAGUUUUACCAUACCGUCUGAACGGCAUUGCUGUGUUGACGUUGUUUAGAAACUUUUAAAGGUUCUACUCUCUUUUAACUUUGUCAUGGUGGAGGAUUUAUUUAUUUUCGAACACAUUUUGUAAAAUUUUAAGGUUUGAAGAUUGAAACGUUGCAUAGGCCUAUGUAGAAGCAAAAGCCUCCUCUCUUGAACCCCUUGAUUUGUCUGUUUGAACUUCUUGCCUGUCCUUGAUCCAAUGGCUCACUUAAAAUUGUAAUGAUUAAAGGUCAUAUUCGAUAGAUGUACUACAAACUGCUGUUAUGGACGGUAGUUAGACAAAAUGAGAAAAUUAAACAUUAGCAUCUUAGCAUUCUGCUAUCACAACUCUGCAGGUGUCUCAAGCUACCGCCCUCUUGCCUGGGUGUGUCUCCCCCUAGCGGUGGAGAUGUUCCGCGCAUACCCAGCUGUGUGUAGCGGUCCGUGGUGAUAGGCCUACUCUUCUGCAUUUGCCUAGCGAUGAUUCAAUCCUCCCCCACCACCCUAACCUAGCCUCAUAGACAUCUCCUUAACUGAAGAUCUCUGCAGAAUCCUCCUAAUAUCACUCCUAAUAUCAAUAUCAGACAUGCUCUUGCUUUUGGUUGGACUUUGUGGACUGGCUUUGGUCAAUCUAUCAGCCGCCCUCCCCCAGGCCCCUCGUAUUUCCCAGAAGCCUCGGUUCUACGGCGUGAAGGCCAGCCGCAGCUUGGUCAUCUACUGUGUGUGUCAGCUGGAGCCACCUCUGCAGGUGGACUGGUUCCGGGCCACGGAAUGGAACCAGGAGACCGAGGGCCCGAUCAUGCCAAACGACAAUGUGGUCAUGCAGGGGAAGACGGAGCGGAAACACGCCUUUCUUUUACUCAAGCACGUGAGCCCCUCGGACAGCGGCUUCUACUACUGCCAGGUCAACGGCACCAGGGGAGCCGGGACCGGCCUGCAGGUCAUGAGACAUAUCAACGUCCACAAGGUGCAGCAGAGGAGCAAAGUAAAAGAUGCGCUCAUCAUCCUGCAGACUCUGAUGUUGGCGAUCUGCGUGGUUGCGCAACUGCUUCGGAGAUACACUCUGGGUAAAAAGGAAGAAGCCAUUUAUGAGGAACCACCAAAAGAACACAUCUACGAGGGCCUGAUGGUGGAGAUGUGUGAGGGAGCGCUCUAUGAGGACAUCUCAGCCUACGCUAAACCCAGUGAGGCCCAGGCCCUCUGGUCAAGCUGACUUUGCUCUGGCAACCUGCCGUCAUGACAACCAUCCCCUUGGUUGUCAUGACAAACCCUUCGACCUGACCAUCGCCAUGACGACCAUCCACCAUCAACAUCACCAUGACGACCUUCGACCCAUCGCCAUGACAAUACACAUUCAUCAUGACUAUUGUCUCCAUGGCAUAGCCGCUUUGUUCAUGUUUUUGAGUAAAAUAAUAAACACACUUUGAACUGGUGAAUGAGCA